AUGGGGGAGAGGCAAGGCUGCCAGGGCUGCCAGGGCGAGCCUGAGCACCCCCUCCAUGUGAGACUUUGGGCUUUCUUGCAGGGUCCGGUGCAGAGCCAUUUGAUGUGUGCCGUCAGGGAAGAAGUGGAGGUGCUCAAAGAGCAGAUUAAAGAACUGAUAGAGAAAAACUCCCAGCUGGAGCAGGAGAACACUCUGCUGAAGUCUCUGGCCAGUCCCAAGCAACUCGCCCAGUUCCAGGCCCAGCUGCAGGCUGGCUCUCCCCCAGCCACCUCGCAGCCCCCUGCGCAGCCAGCGUCCCAGGGCUCAGGACCCUCGGCAUAGCCGCUCAUGGCCCUUCCAGGAGCUGAACUAGCCGGAACGUGCCGCAAGCCCGCCCCUUCACUGCGCGCACUGCACUAGACCGCGGGAGCCGGCCAGGGACACCCGAAUCCUUCGGUUUCCAGUGUUAAGCGCUCGUCCGCUUUGGCCUUGAAGAAACUUCUUGGACUGCUGACUUUGCCUGUCAGGCAGAGAACUGGGAACCCCGGCAGCUUCCCGGGCGCCCCGGCAGGGGCCCAUUACCUUCCCGAGGGGCGGAGCGGCCGCUGCUUCUCCCCCGCAGCGGUCCAGCCCGACUCCUGCACACUUGGCAUCUGGAAGCAGAGGCUGCUCCGACAAGGACUUUCCCCACCCAUCAGCUACUGGCGAGGGGAGACAAAGUAAGGCCCGACGCGCAGGCUCACCCCAAAUGAGGGGACAUUGUAGUUCCGCAUCCCGUUGGACGCCUGUCACCAAAUCACCCACUUUCUGCAAGAAGCGGCGCACGCCCAGCUGUUAGGGCGCCUGAAAGGGGACAGGCAGCCGGGACCUCGCUUAUUAACUCACAACGAAGCUUCCUUGGCCCGAUGGGUAUUUGUGUGUGUGCCGGGCAAGGGUUCCGUGAAACAGAAGACUACAACUACGACCUGGGGCUGCGCAGACUGAAACGUAGCUGCUUCACUGGCCAGUCUGGAGUCUGGACAGUCCUUUAUUAUAUACAUUAAAUGCUGCGUGACAAAGUGCUCCUGAGCAAACGUUCGGCAUUUAGAAGAUUUCGGCUGUUGGUGCAACUUCGGAGAUUCCGUGCUGCCCCAUUAAUAGCCAAGGAAACCCCAGGUCACCGAACUGCUGCUCAAGACACUUCCCAUGCUCCUCAAUGCGACCGAGCUAAGAGUAUGGAUCUCCCAGCCUGCGUUUUUGCAUAUCACCUGCAUAGUAGUCAGGUGCAUAUGUUUUGUGCCUGUUCUCUAAACAUGUAACCGGUUCCUGUAUUUAACUGUGGCGCUUGUCAGCUUUCAAUAAAGCAUACACAAUGUUGAUAAAACAAA